UCCUUUUUCUCCACUCUGCACUGCACAUCCCAACAAUGGCGCCGAAAAUGGUCACCAGCUUCCGCCGAUCGCUUUCCUUCCCCAAUCCUCCGUCGCAAACUUCCGGCAAGCCUCCGAAGUCGCUCCACGUCAGAUCCGCCAGUCUCCCGUGCCGCACGCACCCGAUAAUUGCUCAGCUCCGCGACGAAAUCGCCGAGCUCAGCUCCUGGUCCGCCGCCGUAUCCGACGGCGGAAGGACCGCCGCCUGGAUCUGCGACGGCAUGCGGAGGCUUAAAACCGUUCACGAAUCGCUCGACGAUCUCCUCCACCUCCCUCAGACUCGCGAAUCUCUCCGCGGCGGCGACUGCUCCAGACUCAUCGAGAACCUUCUAGAAGACUUCCUCCGAUUCGUCGACGUGUACGGAACUUUCCAGACGCUCUUUAUAAAACUCAAGGAGGAGUUCUCCGCCGCGCAGAUCGCCGUCCGGCGGAAGGACAACUCCAUCGCCGUCGCGCAUUCGAAGAAUCUCACCAAAAUUUCGAAGGAAAUCGGCAAGCUCUCCUCCAACCUCCUCUCCAUCGGAAAAUUAACCGUCGCUUCCGCCGGCGCAUCCUUCGACGACGAGGUCGAGCUCAUAGAAGUCGUCAACGACGUGCUGAAGGUAACCGUCUCCGUCUCCGGCGCUCUUUUCAACGGCCUGUCAAACUCGCCGGCGUUCCGCCGGCCGUCGCCGAUCGGCCUGAGUUUCACAAAGACGGUGAAGAUCGAAGCCGGAAUUCGCGAAUUCCAGCAGAUAAAUCUGGAGAAUCUGAGAAAGAAAACGGAGGAGGAGAUCAAAAUCACGUCGAAACAGAUGCAUCGGACGGAGGAUCACAUGGUGGAGAUCGAAGGCUGCGCCGAAAGAGCCUACCGGAGUUUGAUCAACGCUAGGGUUUCGUUACUGAACGUACUUACGCAGUGAUUAAUACAAAGAACACGAUAAACAUACAUACACAGACAGACAGAUACAUACAUACAUACAUACAUACUCAUGCACACCGUGUACAUUUCGCUUUUUGGGUUGUACCUUCAAAGUUAUUCGCUAGUGAAAUGAAAAGAUACAUACGUAUUAAACCCAAACCAAAAUUAAGAAAAUACAAUUUCCAUUUCCACA